AUAAAUGUCAGUGUACAGAAUUGUGUAUCAAGUAUAUUUUGCAAGAAAAACAGCAAUGUCUUAUGUUUUUGAUAAAUGUUAGGCUAGGUUAUGUGCACUGUCCUCUGUCUUUCCAGCCCUAUCCUGUGGAAAGCAACUAAAAUGGUUGGGUUCCAAAAAGAAAAGAAAAGAAGAAAUUAAAGAACUGACAAUAUAGCAAGGAAGUCCUACACCAAAAUAUCACGAAAAGUGGGAACCCAGAAAGUCACUUUAAGCGCAGAUGCAAAACUUUAGGCGCAGUGGGAUGGAAUCUGACUUUGCCCUGAGGGCAUUCGAUCAUCUGGACCAAGCAGGACUUUGACUGCAGAGGCCUGUUGGGUGUGACCCGGAGCAGACGUCUGCAGUCCCGUCCUGGUGAGAGCCUAAGGGAAACCGUCCCUGUGCCAGCCGGGCACCGAAGGUCGUCUGCAUCCUCGGAAUUAGCUCGGUGGCUGUCAACAUGUUCUGGAAGUUUGACUUGAACACCACAUCCCACGUCGAUAAGCUGCUGGAUAAGGAGGACGUGACACUGCGGGAGCUGAUGGAUGAAGAUGACAUUUUGCAGGAGUGCAAAGCUCAGAACCGGAAGCUGCUGGACUUCCUGUGCCGGCCGCAGUGCAUGGAGGAGCUGGUGAGGCUUGUCACCCAGGAGCCACCCCUGGACAUGGAGGAGAAGGUCCGCUUCAAGUACCCGAACACGGCCUGCGAGCUGCUGACUUGCGACGUGCCACAGAUCAACGACCGUCUGGGGAGCGACGAGGCUCUGCUGGACCUUCUGUAUGACUUCCUGGGCCGAGAGCCACCUCUCAAUCCCCUGCUUGCCAGUUUUUUCAGCAAGACCAUCGGCAAUCUCAUCGCGAGAAAGACGGAGCAGGUGAUUGUGUUCCUAAAGAAGAAAGACAAGUUCAUCAGCCUGGUCCUGAAGCACAUCGGCACCUCGGCCCUCAUGGACCUGCUUCUUCGCCUGGUCAGCUGUGUGGAGCCCGCCGGGCUCCGGCAGGAAGUGCUACAGUGGCUUAAUGAAGAGAAGAUCAUCCAGAGGCUGGUGGAGCUGAUCCAUCCGGAUGAGGAUGAAGAUCGGCAGUCCAAUGCUUCUCAGACUCUCUGUGACAUCGUCCGGCUGGGCCGGGAGCAGGGUGGCCAGCUGCCAGAGGCCCUGGAGCCGGACCCCCUCCUCGCAGCGCUGGAGUCGCAGGACUGUGUGGAGCAGCUUCUGAGGAACAUGUUUGACGGAGACCAGACCGAAAGCUGCCUCGUCAGCGGGACUCAGGUGUUGCUGGCCUUGUUGGAAGCACGGCGGGCUGGGACAGAGGGCUUGGUGGACUCCUUUUCUCAGGGACUGGAGAGGCUGUGCCCUGUCAGCGACAGUGUCCUGCGCGGCAUUGAGCCGCGGCUGAAGGACUUCCACCAGCUCCUGCUCCACCCACCAAAGAAACCAGCGGUCCUGACCACCGUCGGUGUGCUGGAGGAGCCCCUAGGGAACGCGCGUCUGCACGGGGCCCGCCUCGUGGCCGCACUGCUGCACACGGACACGCCCAGCAUCAACCAGGAGCUCUGCCGGCUCGACACCGUGGGCUUACUGCUGGACCUGUUUUUCAAGUACACCUGGAAUAACUUUCUGCACUUCCAAGUGGAACUAUGCAUAGCCGCUAUUCUCUCCCAUGCUGUCCGGGAGGACAGGGCAGAAGCCCAUGAGCCUGAGAGCAGGGUGGAGCCUCUGCCUGGAAAUGGGGGCUCAGAGGCCCCCCAGGCUGCUGCCAGCCACCCCGAGAACACGAUGGUGACCCACCUGUUCCAGAAGUGCUGCCUGGUCCAAAGGAUCCUGGAAGCCUGGGAGGCCAACGACCACACACAGGCGGCCGGUGGCAUGAGGCGUGGGAACAUGGGCCACCUCACCCGCAUCGCCAACGCAGUGGUGCGGAACCUGGAGAGGGGCCCUGUGCAGACCCCAGUCAGCGAGGUCAUCCGAGGACUCCCUGCAGAUUGCCGUGGGCGCUGGGAGAGCUUCGUGGAGGAGACGCUGACGGAGACCAACCGCAGAAACGCCGUGGACCUGGUGAGCACCCACCACCUACACCCCUCGAGUGAAGACGAGGACAUGGAGGGCGUGUUCCCCAACGAGCUGUCCCUUCAGCAGGCUUUCUCUGAGUACCAGGUCCAGCAGAUGACAGCUGCCUUUGUGGACCAGUUUGGCUUCAAUGACGAGGAGUUUGCAGACCAGGACGACAGUGUCAACGCUCCAUUUGACCGGAUUGCAGAGAUCAACUUUAGUAUUGACGCUGACGAGGACAGUCCCAGCGCAGCUCUGUUUGAGGCCUGCUGCAGUGACCACAUCCAGCCCUUUGAUGACGACGAGGACGAUGACAUCUGGGAGGACAAGGAGACUCACUGUGCUGCCCGGGUCACGGCCAGAGCCAGGUUUGGGGGCCCUCCUGCCUUAGGGAGCUGCCGGGAGAACAGCCUGGCCCGUGGAGGCCAAGACGGGAAGGAAGCGGAUGGGGAUGGGCCCAGAGCCCCUUCAGCCGCUGCCCAGGACGGUCCUCGCAUGGAGGGCGCCUCAGAAGGCUCCACAUGGACAGCGUUUGAUGAGCCGGUGAGUCCGACUGCUCCAGCCCCAGGAGUAGCAAUGGAUGUGGGUUCCAGUGUGUGGAUAGCCAGCGUCCCCAGCACCUCGGCUCUGGAGGAGAAAGGCUGGGCCAAGUUCACUGACUUCCAGCCUUUCCGCUGCUCGGAGUCGGGGCCUGGGUGCAGCUCCCCGGUGGGCACGGGACAUGACGAUGCCCAGGGUGGCCUCAGCCAGGGCCUGGAGACAACCCCUGGCCCUGCUGCCCCACGUGCCUGGAGUGCGUGUGUCUCCAGGGACGCCCCCCUGGUGGCCUCCGACAGCAACGAGGAUGAGCAGAAGGUGGCUGUUGCCUCACAGGCCGUCAGCGUGGGUCCUGGUCAGGAGGCCCCCCCAGUGCCCGCAUCAGCCCCCAGGACCACCAGCACGCUGCCAGGUCCCACCUCCCCUGCACCUGCUGAAGCCACCUCUGCCCUGGCUGUGGCUGUCCCCCCAGGGCCUAUGGUGGCUGUCACCACUGCAACCACAGCCAGCCCAGCUGUCUCUACAGUGGCCGUUCUGGGGACAGUGACAAAGGACAGGAAGGUAGACGCACCCCCACCCACAGGAGCCACCUCCAACGGCCCCGUGUGAUGCUGCCGCCCAGCCAUGGCGCCCUUAAUCAAAACCUACCUGGUGAUGCAAUUUGUCUUUUUUAAUUUAAUUUAAUUUUAAAAUAAAUGCUGCAUUGGUAAAGCUGGCAGUGGGA